AUUUACCAUUCUGCGAUCUGAGCAGAUGUAGUGAACAUGUUUUAUUUUUCGGACAAUGUGAAGUAUAAGUUUUGAUAAUAGAGCGAUUUUAUUAAGCAAUGCCGACAAUAACUUUUAAGGAUAAUCAUAGAUCGGCAUAAUGACUUUUAACGGACUUUUAAUCAAAUUCUUAGUCGUCUUCUUAGCCGACUUAUCUGUUCAUCUCGCGGACAAAAUCAAAUUUGAGUUUACUUACUCGAAUUACAAUUUAACCGCUGCGGAAGAGUCUCAGGUGCUACAGCAUAAUAGAAAACUAGCUGGCGUCUCUUUAGCACAUGAAAAUUGGACUUAUGAUAAAGUUAUUAUGGAAAUUGUAGAUGACGAUAGCGGAUUAUUCAUUGUUCAUAAGAGACCAUUUGGCGAUAGGUUUGUUGUUGCCGAUUUCUCAACAAAGCCAAGUUACUUUUGGAGUUUUAACUAUGAAGAAAGAUCCAUUUACAAUUUUAAAGUUAAAGCGUCGCUGGUCGGCGAAUCAUUAUUUUGCUUUGCACAUGUUACAGUUCGUGUAGAAGAUAGGAAUGAUCUAGGCCCGUAUUGGGUUGAUGAAGGCGAUCUGCAAAGAAAUAUCAGCGUACCGGAAAACAUUACCACCUUUUCCAAGUUAGCCAGAUUCGAGGCGAAAGAUUACGACUAUCUGACUAAGCAUAGUGCUAUCUACUAUUCUUUCUUAGAAUAUUCCGAAGAAUUCUUCAUUGAUCCAUUAACCGGAUGGGUAAUAGUUGCAAAACCUCUUCUUUUAGAAAAAUCUACUAAAAAAAUAUAUAAACUCUCCGUCAUUGCUAUAAACGGUUAUAAAUCUAGACCAUAUAUGAAACUAGAAGAUAGAUUCUCUCAAAAAAUAACUCUAAUCGUAAACGUUAUUCCUGUUAAUAUAUACCGUCCUGAAUUCAGAGUGAAAGAACUUCCAAAUUUAAUUGAAGAUGGUGCGAAGAAUGUCAUCUAUGCAGUUUUCGAUGUAACCGACAGGGAUAAGGGAAGAAAGGGUCAAAUUGAUUCAGUAAGGAUUGUUGAUGGCGAUUCGCACGGUUACUUCGACAUUGUUAAACGGGAUAAGAAGGAAUAUAGGCUAAUCGCCAGAAAAAGCGUUGACCGAGAAGCCUUUCCAAUGGGCUUUAACCUGACAAUUGAAGCUAAGGAUAAGGGAAAUCCGUUCCAGUCCAACAAUUAUAGUAUACACGUUGCUAUAUCGGAUAUGAAUGACAACGCACCGCACUUUCUUUUCAAGUCUAACAACUUUACAGCGUACGUUAGUGAAUGCGCUCUUGUUUCAACGCCUGUUAUUAAGCUAAAUGCCAAAGAUACGGAUUUGGGGAAGAAUGCCGAAAUUUUUUACUCGAUCGAAUCGGGAAACGAACGUAAUUGGUUUUCGAUAGAUGGUCGACUAGGCGUUAUUCGCAUAGCAAAUUCUCUUGAUUAUGAGAAACAAAAGACUGUAGUAUUGAUAGUAAAAGCUCAGGAUCAAGCCAAUAAAGCGUCUAGAAAAGUGUCUUCAGCCGUAGUUCGUAUCUCUUUGGAAGAUUGCAAUGACAAUUUUCCAGUUUUCAAGCCGAAAGUACCUAAAAUGUUCGUUUCUGAGAAUUCUGUUAGUAAAUUAAUUCUACAAUUCAAAGCUACAGAUGCUGAUUCAGGUUACAACGGUAAAGUAACCUACAUAUUAAAGAACUGUAAUAAAAAAUUAAAAUGUCCAUUUGUCAUUAAUCGAAACAAUGGCAAGCUUUUCACAACUAAUGAACUUGAUUAUGAUUAUAGUAUUCGUGUUUGGAAUCUUAUAGUUGUGGCAAGGGAUUCUGGCUCACCCUUCCAGAGAACAGCCCAUCAGAAUAUUACUUUGGAGAUUACAAACGUUAAUGACAAUCCACCAAUUAUGAUGAAAAAAUCGUGUACUAUCGAAAUAAACAAACGAGCAACCUCUUAUACUUUCCGUGAGCUACCAGUAAAUGCAAUGGACCCCGAUGGAAAUCCCGUGAGAAUGGAAAUAACAGGAGGUACUGCAAAAAAGUCUUUUUCUAUUAAUCCAGAAUCGGGAGUCUUGACUUUUAAUAAUACUGACAUCAGAAAAAGACGACAUCAAAGAGGUACAUUAACUGAGAAUUUAUUUGUUUCCGCGAAGGAUAGCGAUAAAUAUAAAGCUAUUCGUCCUACGAAGAUUUCAGUUAAGUACCUACGAAACAGAAAGAAGACCAGGUUGAUUCGAUGUCUAGAUAAUGAAGAAGCGCUUAUAGCAAUUAAUAAUACAAAAACAGCACCACAUUUUAACUCUCGUGAUUUGCCAAUGGCGACAAGAUUAUAUGAAAACCGAUUCGCUCCACAGUUCCUUGAUUUCCCACAAGAAGUUUCUAUAGAUGAAGAUGUCGCUCCUAAUGUAACAAUAGCCACGAUAACGGCUCGUGACGACGAUCCAGGAUAUAAUGGGCGUCUCGUGUUUGUCAUCAGUUCAGGAAACGAGGAUGGGGCGUUCAAAAUGCAAACCACCGAUACGUUCGGCCGACUUUUAAUUUUCGGUGGUGUUGAUAGGGAAAGAAAGAAAUUAUACAAAUUAUCCGUUACUGUUUCGGAUAGUGCAAAUAUACCUAAAAUGCAGACAAGAGAGUUAAUUGUAAAUGUUCGUGAUGUCAACGACAAUUAUCCCAUUUUUGAACGCAAAAUUUACCGAAUUUCUAUACCAGAAAAUACUAAGCCUAAUAGCGAAAUACUGCAGGUUAGCGCAACUGAUGCAGAUACAGGGCCAAAUAGUAUGAUUCUAUAUAAACUGGAAAAUGAACGUUUUAAUGUUGACGAAAAGACUGGUCGAAUAAAAGUAAUGGAAGAGUUGGAUAGAGAGGAAAUUGAUAACUAUGAAUUAAUAGUCACGGCUACCGAUAUGGGUAGAAAAGUGCAGUUGGAGUCUAGUACUCGAGUAAUUGUAGACGUAACUGACGUGAAUGAUAAUGUUCCUGUUUGUUUAAUUUCAUCUCCGAUAUUGCACGUUAGAGAGGAUUUGCCUGUUGGUUCAGUUGUAACCGUUGUACACGGCAAAGACGGUGAUUUGGGAAAUUCGGGACGAAUACGAUAUAACUUUGUGAGGAAAACAUUGAAAUCGAAACCACCAUUCAGCAUUGACAAAACGACAGGAAUAAUCCGUUUACAGACCGAAUUACGAUAUUCUUUGAAAACGUCGUAUAACCUGACGAUAUUGUUAAAAGAUCGGGGAAAACAUAGCCUUAGUUCGAGGUGCAAGUUAAAAAUCGAAAUUACCGACGUCGAUGAGAAUCGUUACUCCCCCCGCUUUGGAGACAGUGUCUUCUCUUUUGCUGUUCCGGAAAAUGUUGAACGAGGCACAUUUAUCGCCCAAUUGAACGCUGUGGAUAAAGAUAAAAAGGAUAACGAGGAGGAAAGAAAUUACGAUCUGACUUAUUCAAUUCGUGGCGGAACUGGCCUUGGCUUAUUCACUAUUAACAAUGAAGGUACGUACAAUUGGUGA